AUGGCCGCCCUCCGCUUCACCGACGCCGUCGCCGGCGGCGUUGGUGGUGCGGCGGCAGUAGUGUGCGCACACGCAAUAAUGGACUUUGCGUUACGGGUUGCAGAUAGGUUGGACAUUGCGCCGCUUGUGGCGCAAUGUCGCCAGGGUGCGGCGGUUGCAGAACGCGCGGCCGCUGACCUCUUGGUGUUACAGCUGCGAGAAGCGUACCGCGUUUCUCUUGGACGGCACGCACCGGCCCGACGUGGCGGACUCCGAGAUACGCGCAACGUCUACGGCUGGCCCAGUGUGCAGCUUAUCCUCGCAGACAAACUGAGACGCAUCGCCGAAUUCGUCGGCGAACCCACCGCGGCUCUCUGGCUGGCCCUGGUCGGGUUCGCUGCCGUCGCAACCGCCUUCGAUGCACGCACACAAGCCGUCAGCCAACGCACACUUGCCGCACGCGAGGCCGCGCUAGGCGUCCAGGACCGCAACGCCGUGGUACUCGGAGUUGCCGCCCAGCAAGGAGGUACCGAAGCACCAAGGCAAUUGACCGAGGAAGUUAUCGAGGCCGAGGCCAGGCAAGGGACGGAGCACGACCAAGUCGCCGAAUUGGUAGGUAGAUCUGACUUGGUGGCGGUGGGGCUUCGAUCGCGCCCGUGGUUGGUCCCGCCGGCGGUGACGUUUGUGAGCAAGGGCGAAGGUGCGGCUGCUCGGUUCCUGUUGCGUUGCUCUCCCGGGGGAGUUGGGCUGUCCGUGCGACGACUGCCGAAAAAUGUGGUGCUCAAAUAUGCGCAUUUCGGCGGACUCAGUCAGGGUCACUACGUGCCAAAUUUGCUUUCACUGGAGCCGCGUGUGGCCCGACGUGUGACGACAAUGCGACAUCGUUCGAAAAUAAUCCGAGCAGCCGGUGCCGCUCGUGAGACGGGCGAUGAAGCCUUUCUCUUCCAGCCCUGGACCCGUGUUGCCGGAUCAAAUGACGUCGCAUGGGUUGUGAAUGAAUUGCAUAGCGUGUGUGUCCGCGUGCGAAACCCGCUAAGCACUGACCUACUGCUCGACGGCUGUAAACUCGAAACCGUUGGCGCCCCAUGCCAGUGCCAGCCACUCACUGUCGGACUACCACCCGCCAACUACGACAUGCUCUUCGAGUGCCUGAUA